AUGCGAGUUACUCAUCUCUUUAGUGUUCUGUCUUCUGUAGCCGGGAGCCUGGCCGCGACAUACACGUCGUGUUCUGAGUCUCAGAUAGCCACACUUGAGGUGGCUAUCAGUCGAGCUACUACCAAGGCCUUUGCAGCCAUUGAUCAUUUGGAGGCCAAUCCAAAUGGUAGCGACUUACAAACAACAUGGUAUGGGGAGUUUAGUACUGAAAGGUACAACAAGAUCCUCACUGCCUUCAAGAAAUUUGCGCCUGAUCUAGCUACGACCUUUCGUUAUGAUUGUUCCUGCCAAAGCACUGCCGUAGUUGCAACUAUUGGUGGUACAUAUGGCGAUGUCAGAAUCUGCAGUGUUUUCUUCGACGGCUGGCCAGAGACUGGCCAUCGCUCACAGUGGGACGACACAUUCCGAGACGUUCUUGGGACUCGAGAUAACGGAUACGGCGUUGAGUAUUGCAAACAGUUUGCGCUAGAGGACCCUAACAAGGCCGUCGAGAAUGCCGACAAUCACGCCCGCUUUGCCGUUGAAGUGCCCCCAUUCGGGCCGUGA